AUGCCGCCCUUCAGCUGGGACAAGACCAAGGACUACUCGAAGCGCGGCUUCGACAAAGCAUGGCACACCGUCGACAAGCUCGGCGGCCCCGUCAACCGGCUCUCCAACCGCCUCGGCGCCGAGGCCUUCUGGCCCAUGUCCAUCGACAAAGAGAGCGACAAGGCCGCGCGCAUCCUGCGUAGCUUCUGUAAGGAUGGCUUCUAUGCCCCCGAGUCGGAGGUGACGACCGAUGACCAGGGCAAGAUUAAUCGGCCCAAGGGCAAGCAGCGCGUUAUCAAGAAGAUUCCCUCCGAUGUCGUGAAGCAGGCCAAGGGGAUUGCGGUGUUCACUACGAUGCGCACCGGUCUCUGGAUGAGCGGGUCGGGUGGGAGUGGUGUGCUUCUUGCGCGGAUACCCGAAACUGGUGAAUGGAGUCCGCCGUCUGGGAUUAUGUUGCACACCGCCGGCAUUGGGUUCUUAGCUGGUGUCGAUAUAUAUGAUUGCGUGGUGAUUAUCAAUACAGUCGAGGCGCUCGAUGCCUUCAAGAAGGUGCGCUGUACACUGGGCGGCGAGAUCAGUGCCGCUGCUGGGCCAGUUGGUAUGGGCGGCGUGCUGGACUCCGAGGUACACAAACGCCAAGCGCCGAUUUGGACUUACAUGAAGAGCAAAGGUCUCUAUGCCGGAGUGGCCGUCGACGGGACCAUUGUCAUCGAGCGCACUGACGAGAACGAGCGGUUUUAUGGAGAACGCCUCUCAGUCACCGAGAUUCUGGCCGGCAAAGUCAGACAUCCGCCCGACUCUAUCAACACACUCCUAGAAACCAUCAAGGCAGCACAAGGCGACGGCGACGUCGACGUAAGUCUAGUCGCGCCGGCGGGCGAAACACCUGGUGACAUCGAGCUGCCUGAUAAUGAUGGUCAACCGUUUGGCGUGCCGGCCGAAGACGACCCUGACCCGUACGGAGUGAAAGCGCUGGAGGCCGAGGGCCUGUUCAUCCGGGAGGCCGGCACCAAGGUGAGGCCAAGCCUUGAUGUUUUUGAGUUCCGACCACACCACAACAGCCCCGUGUUCACCACGCUCUCGCGGCGCAGCGCGGACAGCUCGCCGCGGAAUAGCUGGCGCACCGGCAGCUGGCGCGCGAGCGUCCAGAGCUACACGAGUGCAGACCGUGCUACCCAAACUGAUGACGCUCCGCUAACUGCGCCAACAUCAGUAAGCCGAGCAUCCUCCCGCAGCGCGAAGGCGGAGUCGACCGAGCUUGCGGCACAACCGAGCCCGUGGGAUGAGGAUCCCGCCCGUUGGGAUACUGGGGAAGAGAAAGAGCAGGAUGACGAAAAAGUGGAUGGUACGAAGGAAAUCGACUCCGAGGAUGACCUGGAAGUGCACGAAGUGAGCAACGCUACCGUCAGUAAGCAGGAGGCUGUCGUGACUACGCCGACCCGGGUGGAAGAGGAAUCCAGCGACUCCAAGCUCAUGUCGCCCACUUUCACUCGUGCUCGCCUGGUCACCAUCCCGAAGACAAAGCGUCCCACGCCGCCGCCACUGCCUCCCCGCCAUCCGCAGCACAUCUGGGGUUCGGAAUCCAGCCAGGAUUCCACUUCUCCAACCGGCCUCUCGCACUCCAGUCGCAGCACCGAACCCACCGAAGCCAACGAGCGUUCUGAGUCUGUUGAGCCUGUCGAACCUGUUGAGCCUGUCAAUGAUCUUCCUUCCAAUGUUAAAAAUCUGCAGGUCAGCUCAGCUCUUCCUGCCGUUACCGAUGAAGAUCUUGAUGAAGACAAUAUGGAGUCCCACGAGCGUUCUGAGUCUGCUGAACCUGUCGAACCUGUCAAUGACCUUCCUUCCAAUGUGAAAACACUGCAGGUCAACUCAGCUCUUCCUGCCGUUACCGAUGAAGACCUUGAUGAAGACGAUAUGGAGUCCAACGAGCGUUCUGAGUCUGCUGAGCCUGUCGAACCUGUUGAGCCUGUCAAUGACCUUCCUCCCAAUGUGAAAACACUGCAGGUCAGCUCAGCUCUUCCUGCCGUUACCGAUGAAGAUCUUGAUGAAGACGAUAUGGAGUCCAUUCCUGAGACACCGCUUGACAUGGACGAGUUCCACUCUGUUGAUGGUGAUCACGAGUCGGAUGUUGAAGACGCUACUAUCGUGGAGGACCUCCCGACUGAACGGAAAGAGUCGGUUGAGACUGUCUCUCCAGACCAAGAGGAGGCUACAGCAGAACAAGCGCAAGCACAUGAAGACAGACCCGAGACACCCAGUGAACUGCUUGACCACAAACUGGGAGAGAUCCACAUCGACGAGUCGCAUCCCGACACGGAAGCUAACACCGAUGCGGACAAGGAUGUCACUAGCUCUGUCUCUGCCGAGACUGCUUAG